AGAAACAAUGUACUCUGGGCGUUUGAAGUCAGUAAAAGUGUUUUCCUUUGGUCUUUAUUCUCCAACGAAUGACCCUGUUGUACUUAUAAUAGAAGUAAACCGAGUCGCUUGCUUGGUUUUUGUCGCGAUGCCGAUAGUUUGUGAACCGAAACCGAACUCCUUGAGCUAACCUGCUAGCAUUUGCUCAUUUUAGCUCAAGUUACUGCUGCAUUCAAGUGCGCACAGUUGGUGUUUAAUUAUGUGGCGGGGGGAGAAUGGUCCGCGGGCUUUCCAAGCCCCGGUGGAUGUUCACGCCAGUGCAGAUGGCCAGGUCUAUAUGUUCAGGAGGAAAACAAAUGAAUGUGCUGCAUCUUCAGACGAUGAGGAACUCGGUGUCAUGGAGUUGAGACCACGGGCUUUCCAGGACCAGGAGGACAGACUGAAAAAUGUCCAGCUGCUGGAGCGGGAAGUGUUAGCCGAUGAUAAUCUCAACAAGCUUGCACUGCAAUAUGGCUGCAAGGUAGCCGAUAUAAAGCGGGUGAACAACCUAAUGCAGGAACAAGAUCUAUUUGCACUAAAAUCCAUCAAAAUACCAGUUCAGCAACACAGCUUCUUAACUGAAACUUUCUCAAAUCCGAGUGAUCCUCAAGAAGAAAUGCCCCAUGCUUCUCAAACACCAGUGGAGCCUCAGAACAAAGCGAGAGCCCAGCCUCAUAUACAAGAGGCCACAGACUUUCUCAUGGAGGUGGAUAAUGAUAUAAACAAACUAAUUCAAACCACAACUGAUCAAGAUGAGGAAUUUUUGGAUAACUCGCAAAAACAACAGCAUUUUGGGUUCAAAGGACAGCGUCGGACCAGUUAUGGCGCUGACUGGGGAAUCAACUGGUGGAACGCUGUAGUUGCCAUGCUCCUGAUAGGCAUCGUGCUUCCAUUAUUUUACAUAAUUUAUAAAACGAAAGGUGCUCUACAGCCAAACAACACAUCAGUUGUGCCUCAAGGAUAAGCCUCAGUACAAUAAGGCAUAAGGAUCUUCACGAAUCAGGAUAGGAAGGCUUUGAUCUAUGGAAAACCUGAAACGUAAUUAAUACUAUUCUCUUCAUGGGCUUGGUAGUAGACCACGAUCACAAUGAUGCAAAAUCUUUCAACAUUUUAACUCAGUGGAGCCUCUACCUUCAAGUGAAAUGUCUGAAUACUGUUCUAAUUAUUGUCACACUUUAGGACACCAACAGUUUGUAAUUUUUUGUAAAAUACACUUUCAUGGAAAAUCACUUUUACUGAAAAACAGUCAGCUGAUGUCCCAGAUCCUCAGGUGCUUCACUUAAUUUGGAGCAUUAUUGCAUGUGCAUUGUGAAAAUAAUCACUCUACAGCCUGAACAUCAAUAGCAACCACACAGAGUAUUUCUCUGGGAGAAAAAUGUUUAUCACAGUCUGCCUUUACACCACUGUAUGAAUGGAUAAAUGGUUUCAGCUCUGACAUGUGAAAUUAAUGCUCAAGUGCCUUGUAUUUUUUUGCUAAUGUCCUGCUAUGGGGCGACUUCUCUAGUCAUGAAAGAAAAUCAUAAUGGUAAAAAGAUUAUGAGAAAAUUACUGCUCACAUGCUCGAAUGGACACUUUUCCCAAGAGUUUAUGGUCACUAAUUGCAAGUGUAAAACAAUAAUGAAAAAAGUAUGAUUUAGUUAACAGGUAGUGUCCUUGUUUAGUUUUUUUGAGAGAGACAUUCUUGUGGCGUUCCAUAUGUGACCUGCCAACAGGGAACGUGACUCUGCAACAACACUCAACAUGCUCGACGAGAUUUUCUCUCGUCUCUUACUUUUACUUUACACCUCUUCUUUACUUUUGUAAGUGAUCUGCUGAGCCUGAGCUCAGCAUUAUCUGAGUAGCUUCAUCCAAAUAUGCUUUGGAUUAUCAGUUUGGCCAUUCUCAUAUUGCUGUUCUAAUGUGCCAAAUCGGUGUUUUGGAUAGUAGCCUGCAAACCAACAGAUGACGACAUGGCGAUCGUGGCUCAAGAGUUGGGAGUUUGCCUUGUAAUCGGAAGGUUGCCGGUUCGAGCCCUGGCUUGGACAGUCUCGUUCGUUGUGUCCUUGGGCAAGACAAUUCACCCGUU